AUCGCACUCAAAAGGACAAGGUUUCCAUUGGCCAUGGAUUUCGAGGGCUUCUGUGAAGAUGAAAAUCGUACCACCUUGAGCAAAGAUUAUCAUCCAAUUCAGGACGGCUGGAACUCGCUUUUGGAUGUGAUAGGUGACGAUCCCCAGUUCCUGUACGUUUGGGCUUUGCCGUUGUGGAACUACGCCCUGUAUUGGAGCAUUGGGUCUCUGUUUGUGCUGAUGGAUGUUACCGGAAAGCCGGCCUUUCUCCGGAAGUACAAGACGCAACCCGGAAGGAACGAACCACUUCCCACGAAGGCGCUGUCCAGCGUUGUGUUUUCGGUUUUGUUCAACCAGUUCUGUAUGGGAAUUCCGGCGGCUUUCAUCGGAUUCCGCCUGAUCGAUACCAGUAGUUUGGAAAACAUCCGGAUCCUUCCGAGUGGCUUCGUGGUGUUGCGGGACUUGAUCGUUUGCAUAAUUCUGAUCGAACCGGUAUUCUACUAUGCCCAUCGGAUCGUGCACCUUGGACCAAUCUACCGGCACAUCCACAAGCGGCAUCACGAGUGGACGGCCCCUUUUGCCUUGGAGGCCCUCCACUGUACCCCACCGGAGUACGUCCUGUUCAAUGUGAUCGUUCCAAGCGUCGGAAUCGUGCUGAUGAAAAGCCACGUCUUUACGGCUGCCCUCUGGUAUCCGGUUAUGGUGAUGAACACGCUCCGCGAUCACUGCGGCUACCAUUUGCCGUUCUUCUUCAGUCCGGAGUUUCACGAUUAUCACCAUGCCAAAUUCACCGAAUGUUACGGUAUUUAUGGGAUCAUGGAUUGGCUGCAUGCUACGGAUCGGCAGUAUCGCAAGAGCAAACAGCAUCAGCGGCACCAUGUGCUCUGGACGACCAAAUCGGCACGGGAGCUCGUUCCGGAUAAAUGA